CGCCUCCCAAAGAGAAGAGUCGCACGUAGCUUCCAUGUUUCUCUGUCAGACGCUUUCCUAUGGCUGCGAGUCUGCACAGCUGAAAAUAUAAUGUCCAUAACGUCACAAUGAGCACGAUAUUAACGGAGCAUGGUUUCCUCCCCCUUUCCUCUCUCCGUCUUAUCGUCCCUCCUCUGCAGCUUGUGUCCGCUGCUCUGUGGGAGAUAGUGAGGCAGGGAGCUGUCAUGUACUACGGUCUGCUGGAGGAGUUCGUCUGCACGGUGCUGGAAAAAGUCCCUGAACUGCUCACCUACACGGAGAGGGUCCAGCUAGUGAUGGGUUUACGUGCAAAGGUGGUGCUAGAGUUGUGCCGCAACGAUGAUUUCGCCAACCCACAGGCCAUGGAGCCUCAUCUGAGCAGAAUAAACACCUACAUCACAAACCAGGAUAAAGAUACUUCCAGUUCUGAAGUAAAAGCAUCAGUGACAAAUUCCUGAAGCUAUUCAACUCACUGGAUGAUCAAUGCCAGAGGGAUAUUUUUAUCAGAAAAUCUUCCCAACAGUAUUUGGCCCUAAAUAUGACUCAGCUCUACAGGCUCUAAUGAGGACAUUCCUCUUCAAUCUGCAGAAGCUGCUUCCUGUUCCGAACCUUGAACAAACUUCCCUAUGGCUCAGUCUCUCCCCUUCUAUCUUAAAAGAGUGUGUAGACUUCAUGAAUCAACCUGAGCCGCUGAAUACACUCAUUGAGCUUCACAAACAUGACGGGCAAAAAGUUCCACAAGCUUUGUCUUUCACUGGUGAUGAUUGCAUCCUGUCCAGUCUGUCGUAUCACCUCCUAAAUGUGGAUAAUGAUGAAGGAGACACACUUGUCAAAUCAGAAUGUGUCUCACAAGAGUGUCAGGGAAGUAACUUACUUGACAGUGAGUUGAAAAAGAUCAAAGAAGAAAACCUUAAGAGGAUGCAUUCACAAAUGAUGAGGAACGUAGACAGAAAUGGACAGCAGCAUGUUGAUGGUCUGACUGAAGACCAGGGAGCCUCUGUUGAAGUAAUACUUCAACCUUUUGAUGAAAGUUGGUCUGAUGAUGAUGAUGACGAUGAUGACAUGGACAGAAAAUCGUUUCACCAUUUGAAAACUAGCAGCAGGACAUCCUCAAAAACCUUCCGGUGUCUUGUUUGUGGCCAAGAUUUUUGUUCUCUUAACAAACUAAAGAAGCACAAGGCUACUCAUAGUCGUCGCUCUACAAACAAAGUGAGUCAGUCAGAUUCUGAGAGCCAAAGCAGCUUUUUUGAAAAAAUAAAUUUGCAUCCUAAACCAAAGACUUGCAUUGAGAAUAAUGCUUCUCAAAGUAAGGCUGAGCUUCCAACACUGGCAAGUGCCACAACACUUAACCAACCAAAUCCGAAUAGUCUUACGAACUUUGAGCAGUCUAAAGAUGAUUGCAGUCUUGUUUGUCAUGCUUGUGGCAAGGUUUUCACUUACCCAAAGAACUUUAACAAACACCAGAGGAAUUGUGGGGUUGGUAGUAAACGACAAGAAGAGACAGACCCACAGUGUUCCACAAGCUUAGCUCCUCACUCCAAACCAAACCCUGAUGAUAAGACCAAAGAGUCUCUCCCCAGUGAAACGGAAACUGGGCCUUCAAAUGUUUUACCCCAGGAAUCAAUAUCUUCGGACUCACCUCAAGAGCAGAUGUGUAAAAGAAGCAGUCGUGUCAAACAAUGCUCUGUAUGUGGGAAAAUAUUCACCUGUUCUACUGGCUUAAUGAGGCACAUGAGAUGCCACACUGAACAGAGUCCUUACCUUUGUUCUCACUGUGGGAAAGGCUUUGAUAACGAUGAAGACUGCAAGAAACACGAGGAAGGUAAAUGCAGAGUUUUAAGCGAGCGUUCGCAAGACAAUUCCACGAACAAUGCAACGAAAAAGAAUCAGAAGACUAUAGUUGUUUCAAGCGGUACGUUUCAUGUCCCAGUAAACACAGAUGCACCCACCAACUCACAGACUAUGGAGCCAUGUAAAUUACCUUUGACAUGCCAGGAAUGUGGCCAGGGUUUUACUUACUACAAGAGUUUUGAGAAGCACCAGAGCAGAUGUUCUAAAAGACCUCCUCGAAAGAAAACUCGAACAAGAAUAAACAAGAACCAUUUUGUUAUCAAUGCAUGUCAUUUCAAAGCAGCUGACGACACCAACAGGAGCUGCACCGAGACAAAUUCUGAAACUACAAAAACUCCAACGCCUGCAGACCAUGCAUAUGAAUCCCAGGGUAAAUCUCGCACCAUGAAGUGCACCAUGUGUGAGAAGAACUUUUCAGAAAUUAUCCUCAUGAAAAGACAUUAUUCCAAGUCGCAUAAAGUUAGAGGCUCAUACCCGUGUCCUUUGUGCAUGAGAACUUUUGUGAGGUUGUGCGAAUUGGUUCGACAUCAGCAAAACAAAAAACUGUACCAGUGCGCUGCCUGCAAGAAAUGUUACACCAAGCCAGGACUACUAAAUGAUCAUGAAAAAGUACAUACUGCGAGUGUAACACCACACAUUUGUGAAAUGUGCGGGAGAAGCUUCAGAUAUCUCACUCAUCUGAGUCUGCAUCAGAGGAGGCAUAAAGACCUGCAGCCCAGUGUUUGUUCCUACUGUGGGAAACAGUUCAGUACAAAAGACUACCUGAGAGCGCAUAUGGUGAGGCACACAGGUGGUUACCCGUGCCCAGUGUGCGGAAAGAAAUUCUAUCAAAAAACAUACCUUAAAUGGCAUCUGUAUAAACACACAGGGCAAGUGCCGUACCUCUGCGACACCUGUGGGAAAGGCUGGCCGAGUGCAGCUCAGCUCAGGCUUCACAUGGUUCAACAUACAGAGGAAAGGCCGUUCAAAUGUGAAGACUGCGACGCCUGUUACAAGAGGGGAUCCCACUUGAUGGCUCACCGCAGAGCCAAACAUCUGGGGUUGCGGCCAUUCGUAUGCGAGGUUUGCAGCAAAGCCUUUAGAUUAAACAAUGAGCUGAGAAAACACAUGAUGGUUCACACAGGGGAGCGACCGUUCACGUGUCCAAGGUGUGGCAAAACGUUCACGAGAAAAUCUCGCCUUAGGGAACACAGAGAAAAGACGUGUCUGUAACUUCAGGCAAAACUCUUCACGAUUCACGUGCCAUGUUACAUUCUAACACUACAGUUCAUACCAUAUAGGUACCAUAAGUUCUGCAAUGACUACAAUAUUUUGUCUGAUAUUGUGAAUGAUCCUCAUUCACUGGGAAUAAAAAUGGCCUUGCUGCACAAAAU